AUGGCUGAAAAAUCCCACCUCAGGGAGUUCUUCGAGAGUGAAGCCUAUGCUAAUUCAUUCAAAUGCGUGGAGAUGAUCACCCGUCCAUUCGCUGAAAUUCUGGUUGACCAGAGCAAGGUGGUUGCCGAGUCCAAGGCCAACCCUGAUCAGCCCCUAGUAAUCUUUGACAAUGCCUGCGGUACUGGUGUUAUCUCCAGCAUCCUCAAUGACAAGCUUGAUGACAUUGCCAAGAAGACAUGGAAAUUGACCACUGGAGACAUCUCGUCAGGGAUGAUCGAGUAUACCAAGAUCCGUGCACAACAAGAGGGCUGGCCAAAUACGGAGACAAAGAUUGUCGAUGCGGAGAAGCCUGAGCUGGCUAGUGCUCAAUUCUCUCACAUCUUCACUGCUUUCGCCUAUAUGGCACUCCAUGAUUCUGUUGGGGCCCUCAGUGAAACCGCCCGCAUGCUGCAACCCGGUGGUACUAUUGCUUUCUCAACCUGGAUCGAGCCUGGCUGGAUGCCCUUCGCCCGAAAAGCGAUUCAAAGCAUGCCAGGCAAUUUGUGUUUUCCUGAGACCACAAAGAUCUUGGCGGCCAUGACUGACGGGAAAUGGGACUCGAAGUCUUGGAUUGAGUCCCAGCUCGAGGAGCUUGGGUUUCAGGACAUCGAGGUCCGCUCAACGACAGUAAAGAUGACUCUCACAUCCCCUGUCUUCGCGGAUAUGAGUUUGAUGAUGCUUCCCAUGAUAAUGAACUCCUUCUGGACUGAAAAGCAACGGGAGGAAAACAAGCAGAAGGUUCGUCCAGCGCUAGAGAAGUACGUGGAAGACAAUUACGGAUCUGGGCACAUCGAUACUGAAUGGGUGGCUAUACUGUCCACCGCACGCAAGUCCUGCUAG